UACAGCGCCAACCGCCAUCGAAUCAGUGUGAUUGGUGUCGUAGUACAACAAGACGUGUUAUUCCAUAGAAAGAAAAAUAAGUGCUUUAGUUAUAUUUUAGUCCUUUAAUUAAAGACGCAUAAAUGUCAAGUCCAAAAGAGUAUAAACUCAAGGGUGGACAUCCUCCUGCAGUAAAAGCAGGCGGAAUGAGAAUCACCCAGCAUAAAACACCGAAAGAAGAUCGGGAAAUAAAACCAAUUAAAGACGUGGACGAAAGUAAAACAUCGAGUAGCCCACCAAAAACUCUCAUGAUCAGUGGAGUUCCUGCAAGAGGAAAUGCAGAUUUUCCUCCAGAAGCUGUGCAAGUCUUCCAUGAAAAGCCUGUUCCAACUCAUGAUGCACGACCAGCUCAUUGUUCACGUCCAAUUAUUAUCCAUCAGCCAAGGAAAUGAAUGAUGUGCAUAUUGUAUACCAACUGGUGGCUAUCAAGAAGAGCAUUAGCCCAUAUACUUAUCCAUUAAAUUAAAACAAAAAAAAAAGAAAAAAAUAAAUGAUAAAUAUCUAUAUAUGUGUGUACUUAAAAGUUUCUUUGGGCUAUUAGGACAUUAUAUGCUUAAAAUCUCCUAAGCAUAAAGUCCUUAAACCCAAGAAGCUUUGGUUUCAUGCAAUAUGAAACAAAGUACGAGAGUUUAUUACUGUUAUUAAGAAGAAAAGAAUUUAUCUUUAAUAUGAUGCCGCAAGAUUCCUGUAUCGGCAUUUAGGCAGAUGAUUUACUUCGUUUUAUGAAAUAUCACUUAUUGAAACGCAAUUCUUAGAUUAGAUUGUUACACGAUAGCACGCUCUUAUCUCAAGUUAUAUGAUAAACUAUUUGUAACCGUUUUCGGGACCAGUUUGUAGUUCAGAUUGUGUAAUACUUCAAACAAUUAUGCAUUUUUAUUUUUAAAUUUGUGCAUUUUCAUUUUCGAUCUAUCCUAAGCAUUAUGAAAAUUUCGUUAAUUAAUUGUACCUACAUAUGUACAUAUUAUUUAGUUUUUCACUAUGAAAAAGAACCAUUCUACUUAGUGUAACUUUUAAGCAUAUAAAUGUCGAAUAAGACCCAGAACAUUGGCCACAGUUUGUAUGAGACUUGAAGAAAAAAUAUACGUUUUGAAACAUA